AUGCAGUCCAAAUCUCCUAAAUUCCGCGUCGCCAUAUGUGGUGGUGGUGUUGGUGGCCUCAUUCUCGCAUGCGCCUUGUCCAAGUGCCCAGAUAUUCAAAUCGAUGUAUACGAGGCUGCCUCUCGGUUCUCAGAAAUAGGCGUCGGCAUUGGCAUAUGGUGGCGGCCAUGGCAAAUCUUGAGAUCUCUGGGUUUGGAGGACGACUUGUGCCAGCUUCUCGAUUCCAAACCGACAGACAGCAUCAAGCCGACUCUCCAUUACCGGAAGGCUGAUCAGCCCGAGGGUCUAGGUUUCUUCAACAUGAUGUGUCGAGGAGGGCUCCUCACCUUCCAUCGAGCGCAGUUUCACAAUGUUCUACUGAAGCGCCUGUCGCCUCGGUGUCGGACAUAUCUUUCCAAACGCCUGCACUACUAUACGCAGCCUCUGCGCUCGGACGAUCCUGUGCACCUCGUCUUCCAAGAUGGAUCCACUGCCACGUGCGACAUCCUCAUCGGCGCAGAUGGCCUCAAGUCUGCAGUGAGGGCAUCUAUGCUUCACGAACAGGCAAGGGUUGCCGAGUAUCGUGGUCAACAUGCGCAGGCGGCGGACCUCCGCACCCGGAUCGAGCCACGUUGGAGUGGAGUGCUGGUGUAUAGGAUGCUCGUAUCCGCCGAGAAACUCCGCCGCCUGUCGCCUCAUCAUCGCGUGCUCACAGUGCCUACCAUGGUAUCUAUCAUCGCUUUCGCUUUUCGUCGUGAAUCUCAACUUUUCUCUGCACACAUCAUGGCGUACCCUAUAUCUCACGGCCAAUUUAUAAAUAUCGCCGCCUUCGAUGCCGACUACGAUCAGGAAGGUUCGAUCUUCACCGACCCGUGGAUUCAAGAAAGAGAUUCCGGGGAAGUCACAAACUCAUACAAUGACUGGGAGCCUGAGGUGAAACAACUCGUCGGCUGCAUCGAUAAGGGCAAGGUCAAUCGGUGGGUUGUGAACGUCGUCAAACCGUUACCGACGUUUGCUUUCGCCCGCGUCGCACUCCUCGGAGACGCAGCUCAUGCUAUGACACCUUUCACAGGGGCUGGUGCCGGCCAAGCCAUCGAGGAUGCCUGGAUCCUCUCGGCUCUGCUCUCCCACCCCCGCACCACGCUCCGGAACGUCGCGCAAGUGCUGCAGAUCUACUCUCGCGUGCGCCUCCCGCUCGCGUCCCAAGUCGCCGAGCGUUCCCGGCGCAACGGCACGCACUUCUCGCUGUACGAGCCAGGGAACGAGAUUACCACGGCCGGGCUGCCUGAGCUCGGUCAACGGAUAUACCAGAACUUCGAGUGGGCGUGGAAUACGGACCCCGGCGUGGACAUGCGGCGGGCGAUGGAGAUGCUCGAGGCGGAAGUCGGCGGAAAGCUGUGA